AUGGUUAUGAAGGGAAGGAACUUUGAUUUGGUCAGCAAGGUUCUGGAUCGUAGCGCAGUUUCUUCAGCUGAUCAUUUUAGGGGGCUUGAUGCUGCUGCAACUAAGUUACAAAAGGCUUACAAGAUUUAUCGGACUCGUAGAAACCUUGCUGGUUGUGCUGUUGUUGGGGAAGAGCUAUGGUGGAAAGCAUUAGAUUUUGCAGCCCUUCGACGGUGCUCGAUAUCAUUCUUCGACUCGGAAAGAUCGGAAACCGCUGUUUCACGAUGGGCACGGGCUCGGACUAGGGCAGCCAAGGUCGGGAAGGGUUUGUCGAAGAGCCAGAAGGCUCGGAAAUUAGAUUUGACACAGUGGCUUGAAGCUAUUGAUCCAAGACAUCGUUACGGAAGAAACUUGCACUUUUACUACAAUGUCUGGUUUCGUAGUGAUAGCUCGCAGCCUUUCUUGUAUUGGUUGGAUAUCGGAGAUGGGAAAGGAGUAAACCUUGGCGCAUGUUCCAGGACCCAACUACAGUGUCAACGCGUUAAAUAUCUUGGAAAGCAAGAGAGGGAAGAAUAUGAAGUGAUUGUGGAGGCCGAGAAGCUUAUUUACAAAAAAAGUAGGCUACCUGUGGACACUUUUGAUGGCAGCAAAUGGAUAUUUGUUCUUAGUGCGUCCAGAAAGUUGUAUGUAGGGAAGAAGCAGAAAGGCUUAUUUCAGCACUCUAGUUUUUUAUCUGGUGGUGCUGCCAUUGCUGCUGGCAGAUUGGUUGCGCGUAGUGGGUUUCUUGAGGCUAUAUGGACCUACAGCGGUCAUUAUCGCCCACCAGAAGAGAAUUUCCUGGAGCUUAUUAGUUUCUUAGAGGAGCAGCUUGUAGACUUAACAAAUGUUAAGGUAAACAUUCUCCAUCCAUAUAACAAUUAA